CCUAGGCGGAUUUCUAACUGCACUAUAACAAAUUAUGACUCUUCCCGAAGGCACGGAAGCUUCAGCUGCAGUUUGCACUAAGAAACCAAUGAAUUUCGGCAUGAUUGUCAGAGAUUUCCUGAUGCGAGCAUCCGAGGAGGACCGAAUUACAUUUGGAGUAUAUGGAUGUGCAAAGCUGAUGGAAGCGAACCCAGGUUCUGUAGGGCUGUGUGUCUUGGCCAAAGCUGUUCCAGCCGAUGUCUCUGUAGACAUACAAAACACCCUGAUGGAGGCUCACUGUGUGGAGCACAGCGUGCGUGUCCUUAAGGUUGAUAGCUCUGAAAAGCUCGAGAAAAUACUGUCAUUGCAUUACAAGAAGACUAAGGAGGGGACUCCUCCACAUCGCCCACCUGCAGAAUACACGUGCAUUCUUAUACAGCAUGCGCAGAAGCCCGUUCCGGCGGACGAGAUGUUGUUGGCCUGCUGUGACGACAUGAUGGCCGACGGUGUCAUGCUGCAUCACCCCUUACAGCUCCCAAUUUGAACGUCCCAAAUGUCAUCCACGCCAUAAUAUCUCAAAGGAACUGACGCUGGAGAUUUCGUCUCCAUGCUAUCUGUUACCCAAACUGAUCUCACCUGAAGGACAAACUUUUGGGUCAAAUGAAGUCCGAGCACGAGCCACUACAAUAGCUACCGCUGUUACACUACUUCCAGUACCUGUCCGACUGGUCAACUAGACAGGGACAGCUGGUCUCUAAACAACGUCGCGUGUAACAGUAUCCGGGGUACACCGGAAUGGCGAGUCGAGGUCAGCCAUCUGUUGUCGUUGGCACAAAUUCUGAUUCCUCCUCAUGCAUUUCAUCAACAGUAAAGAAAAACUGACCAGUAGCCAACCAACCGAAGAAUAAGGUCUCAAGUGCUUGGUGAAAAAUACCAACUGGAGCACCGCUAUCAUUCCAGGCAUACCCCUACCAAUACCGUCAGCAAAAGACACAUGUGAUUAUUAUAUAAUCAUUGUCAUCACAAAUUCAUUAUUCGUUAUUGAAUAAAA